ACCAAACCAUACCAAGCCAGCUAGGGUUCCGCCCCCACUCGGCCUCGCCUCGCACGCAGGCUCGCAGUCCCCGAUCCCCCCCCCCCCCCCGCGCCGCCGCCUCCGUCGCCUCCCCCUCCCGCCGCGGCCGCCCGCCGUCUCCGCCGCGCCCCUCCGGCGGCGCUUAUCCGGGAUCAUCGCUGCCCUACCCUGCCGCGCGCACCAGCGGCGCCCCUGCGCGAGGAUUCGUCUCGGCUUCUCAGGUUGCUGAGAAGAGAAGUGGCACAUCCUACAUGGAUGUCAUGCAGACAAGUGACUCUUCACAUCAUGGAAUUGUAGAAAACAGCCCAUAUAGAAUUCCAUAUGAUAGACAUGCUGAAGGUGGCCAACUUGGUAAUUCAUGGUAUUUUAGUAGAAAAGAAAUAGAGGAGAAUUCCCUGUCAAGGAGAGAUGGCAUUGAUCUGAAGAAAGAGUCUUAUCUUCGCAAGUCAUACUGCACUUUUCUGCAGGAUUUAGGGAUGAGGCUUAAAGUGCCUCAAGUUACAAUUGCUACAGCUAUAGUGUUCUGUCAUCGUUUUUUCCUUCGGCAGUCACAUGCAAAAAAUGACAGGCGGACAAUUGCAACAGUUUGUAUGUUCUUGGCGGGAAAAGUUGAAGAAACCCCCAGACCUCUGAAGGAUGUCAUACUCCUUUCCUAUGAGAUCAUCCACAAAAAAGAUCCUGCUGCAGUUCAGCGAAUUAAGCAGAAGGAAGUAUAUGAACAACAGAAGGAACUUAUUUUACUUGGGGAGCGUGUUGUUCUUGUGACACUUGGUUUUGACUUGAACGUGCACCAUCCCUACAAGCCCUUGGUUGAAGCAAUAAAGAAAUUCAAGGUUGCUCAAAAUGCGCUUGCUCAAGUUGCCUGGAAUUUUGUCAACGAUGGGCUCCGCACUUCACUUUGCCUGCAAUUUAAGCCCCACCAUAUUGCGGCUGGAGCAAUCUUCCUGGCUGCGAAGUUUCUCAAAGUCAAGCUUCCAUCAGAUGGCGAGAAGGUCUGGUGGCAAGAGUUUGAUGUAACCCCGCGGCAGUUGGAAGAGGUUAGCAACCAAAUGUUGGAGCUCUAUGAGCAAAACCGUGUUGCACCACCACCAUCGCAAGGGAAUGAUACCGAAGGGAGUUCUGCUAGUGUUGCUAAUCAACGUGCUCCUGGGAAAGCUCCAGGAACAGCUGACGAACCUCCUACCCAUGAAAAUCAUCAAGGAUCCAGGCAGUCGAGCCAGCAAAACGUGUCAGGCCACCAUGGCUAUGACCAUCCUCAUCCUGAGAAGCAAAACUCAAAACAGAGGAUACCUCAGAAUGAAGCAAGGGAUGGCAAUAGCAAUGAAGGCCCCAAUAUGUCAUCCUCAAUGAUGGACGCAAUGAAGAAGAUAGACAGGGAUAAGGUGAAAGCGGCCCUGGAGAAGCGGAGGAAAUCUAAAGGUGAUGUUUCUAGAAAGGUUGACGUCAUCGAUGAUGAUGAUCUCAUUGAGAGGGAGCUGGAACAUGGUGUGGAGUUGGCUGCGGAGGAUGAGAAGACCAAGCAGGAUAGAAGGCAGAGUUGGCCCCAUCCAGCACACCGGGAGGAUCAGCAGAACGCUGCUCGCAUGGCAGAGAAUUCCGAAGAGGGUGAGCUGUCCAUGGACAGCCAAGAAUACCGUUCUCCAGAGCUCGACAACUGGAAGAGAAAGGACGUCCAUGAGCACCGGAACUAUGAUCGUGGUGAAAGGGACGUUAAAAGGCUAAGGUCAUGAAAGUUCGACCCCUUUGGGACAAGCUAUUGGCAGUAUCGAAUGUAGGCUAUAUGACAUAAUGAUGUGGAACCUACUUUUCGGUCACAGGUGUACUCGAUGCCUAUUUGGUCUGCUGGGAGAUUUGAACUGUAAUAUAUAAUUUGAGAGAUGGUUUCCCCGGGGAGUAUGUACAUGUUUAAGAAAUGUUCGCUAUUCAUGAUAAGGUUAUGAGCAUUCCGCAGGCUUAAGCUGGAACAGUAUAAACGAGGCUGCAUCAGAAGGCCAUCUGUGCCUCAGAAAGUGAAAUUGUGUCAUUCAAUAUGACUAUAUUUAUCUGAUUGCAUACUGCUGACUGAA